GGCAGGUGGACGUGUGGAAGGACUCAGGAAUACCCAGCCCCUUUCACCCAGAGGGGGCGGAGCAGCGCGCCGUGACGCCAUCAUAGGGCGCCCAAGGAGGCGCCGAGCGGGAGCUGAAGAUGUUGGAUUCGCUGUUGGCCCUUAGGGGCUUUGUACUGCUUCGGGAUUCCGUGGAGUGUGAGGGGCGCAGUCUCCUGAAAGCGCUUAUCAAGAAAUCUGCACUCUGUGGAGAGCAAGUACACAUCCUGGGAUGUGAAGUGAGCGAGGAAGAGUUUCGUGAAGGUUUUGACUUCGAUAUUAACAACCGAGUGGUUUACCAUAACCUCUUCAGAGACCCUCUCAACUGGUCAAAGACUGAAGAGGCCCUUCCUGGGGGGCCCCUAGGAGCCUUGAGAGCCCUGUGCAGGAGGACACAUCCUGGUCCUGUCACCAUCGCUCUUGAUUCACUCAGCUGGCUGCUGCUUCACCUCCCCUGCACCACACUGUGCCAGACCCUGCAUGCUCUGAGCCAUCGGGACUUCUGCCCUGAUGGCAGCUCCUCAGUGGAGCAGGUAUGUGUGCUGGGCCUGCUGCAUGAAGAGCUUCAUGGCCCAGGCCUUGUAGGGGCACUGAGCAGCCUUGCUCAGGCAGAGGUGACCCUGAGUGGUAUGCUGAGCCAGACGUCAGCCAGCAUCGUCUAUCGAAGGCCCCGACAGCGUCCAACCCGUCAGACUCAGUGCUUCUCCAUCCUGCCUGACUUCAGCCUGAAUCUCCAAGGGGUGCUCCCCUUAGAGUCCCAGCCCCACCCAGGCCCUCCCACCACCCAGGUGGAUCCUACGACUCAUUUAACCUUUAACCUUCGCCUGUCCAAGAAAGAAAAAGAAGCCAAAGAUAGCCUGACCCUGCCCUUCCACUUCAGCUCUGAAAAACAGCAGGCUCUGCUGUGCCCUGGGCCAGGCCAGGCCACCAGCCGCAUCUUCUACGAGCCAGAUGCUUAUGAUGACUUAGAUCAAGAAGAUCCAGAUGACGACCUAGAUAUUUGACUGGCCAGGAGAUUUGGAUAGACCAUAAUGGAAUGGGAGAAGAAGAACCUGGGCCCAGAACCAUCAUCCUUCCAUUGUUUGCGCUGGCCUGUCCCUGCUCCACCUUUUUUCCCUGUGUUGAUGGAGGCCCUACCUUGUGACCCCUCUGAGCCAGUGAGGAGAGACUGAUCAGGACAGAAAAUGGGAUGAGGGCAGG